UCGUUUCCCAACCUCAGCUCUUAGCCUCCUGUCUCUCACUCUCUCUCUCUCUCCCUCUCCCUCUCCCUCUCUGCACUGUUCGACGUUCAUCUCCAUCUCUCGAAUCGAUCGUCUCAGGGCAGUCACCACCACCAUCAUCAAAUUCUCCGAAGCUCCGAACUGGGAAGUCCGAAGUCUCUCUUUAUUCGCUAUCUCUAGUCUCGGCUGUCUCCUCAUCUCAUGCACUGACCAUCAUAAUCUGAGGCUUGAAGAAAAGAUUACAGAUACAAGCCUAUGAAGUGAAGAGCACCGCUUACAUUACCUAAAUUUGUGCAAAAAAUCUGAUCGACUAGGUACCAAAUAUGGCUACUUUUGCAAAACCUGAGAAUGCUUUGAAGCGAGCCGAAGAAUUGAUCAAUGUUGGACAAAAGCAAGAUGCCUUGCAAGCACUUCAUGAUCUCAUUACCUCAAAGAGAUACAGAGCAUGGCAAAAGACACUCGAGAGGAUUAUGUUCAAGUAUGUCGAGCUAUGUGUUGACAUGAGGAGGGGAAGGUUUGCCAAGGAUGGUUUGAUUCAGUACCGUAUUGUCUGCCAACAAGUCAACAUUAGUUCGUUGGAGGAGGUGAUCAAACAUUUCAUGCAUUUGGCCACGGAGAGAGCUGAAAUGGCCCGAAGUCAGGCACAGGCCUUGGAAGAAGCUCUUGAUGUCGAUGACCUAGAAGCGGACAAGAGGCCUGAAGAUCUAAUGUUGAGUUAUGUUAGUGGGGAGAAAGGAAAAGAUAGAUCUGACCGUGAGCUGGUCACCCCUUGGUUUAAAUUCCUGUGGGAGACAUACAGAACAGUCCUGGAAAUUUUAAGAAACAACUCGAGAUUGGAGGCUCUGUAUGCAAUGACAGCACAUCGCGCCUUCCAGUUCUGUAAGCAAUAUAAACGGACAACAGAAUUUCGACGGCUAUGCGAAAUUAUCAGGAAUCAUCUUGCUAAUCUUAACAAGUAUAGAGACCAAAGGGACCGGCCUGAUCUGUCUUCUCCAGAAAGCUUGCAAUUGUAUCUUGACACAAGAUUUGAGCAGCUGAAAGUUGCCACUGAACUUCAACUCUGGCAGGAAGCUUUUCGUUCAAUUGAAGAUAUUCAUGGAUUGAUGUGCAUAGUUAAGAAAACCCCCAAACCGUCCUUGAUGGUUGUUUAUUACGCCAAGCUAACGGAAAUAUUCUGGAUUUCAUCGAGCCAUCUCUAUCAUGCUUAUGCAUGGCUCAAGCUUUUCUCACUUCAGAAAAGCUUUAAUAAGAAUUUAAGCCAGAAAGAUUUGCAGUUGAUAGCAUCAUCUGUUGUCUUGGCUGCACUUUCAGUGCCCCCCUAUGAUUACUCGUACGGUGCAUCCCAUUUGGAGCUUGAAAAUGAGAAAGAGCGGAACUUGAGGAUGGCUAAUCUUAUUGGAUUUAAUGUUGAACCUAAAUCUGAGAGCAGAGAAGUGCUUUCGCGUGCCUCACUGCUCUCAGAACUGGUCUCCAAAGGUGUAAUGACCUGUGUAAAUCAGGAAGUGAAAGAUCUAUACCAUCUUUUGGAACAUGAGUUUCUCCCAUUGGAUCUUGCAUCAAAAGUUCAGCCCUUGUUAACAAAAAUCUUGAAGCUUGGGGGUAAACUUUCUUCAGCUUCUUCUGUUCCAGAAGUGCAAUUGUCUCAGUAUGGUCCUGCUCUGGAAAAGCUUGGCACUUUGAGAUUGCUGCAGCAGGUGUCUCAUGUGUAUCAAACAAUGAAGAUUGAGACCCUGUCUGGGAUGAUUCCCUUUUCUGACAUUGCUGCUGUGGAAAAGAUUUCUGUUGAUGCCGUCAAACAUAAUUUCUUAACUAUGAAAAUUGACCAUUUGAAGGGUGCAGUUUUGUUUGGUAAACAGGGUCUUGAAUCUGAUGGCCUACGAGAUCACCUGGCCAUUUUUGCAGAAUCUCUGAGCAAGGUAAGGACCAUGAUCUACCCUCCUGUGAAGAAAGCAUCCAAACUAGGGGAAACACUGCCAGCUUUAGCAGAAAUUGUGGAUAAGGAACACAAGAGGCUUCUUGCCCGGAAGUCUAUAAUUGAGAAACGCAAAGAAGAACAAGAGCGUCACCUUCUGGAGAUGGAACGAGAGGAAGAAUCAAAGAGGUUAAAACUACAGAAGAUAACUGAAGAGGCAGAACAAAGAAGGCUUGCCUCCGAGUAUGAACAGAGGAACAAACAAAGGAUCCUUAGGGAAAUAGAGGAGCGGGAACUUGAAGAGGCCCGAGCUUUACUGGAGGAAGCUGAAAAACGCAGUAGAAAAAAGGGGAAGAAGCCAGUAAUAGAGGGAGAAAAGAUGACCAAGCAGACCUUAAUGGAGUUGGCUCUGAGCGAACAAGUCAGGGAGAGGCAAGAAAUGGAGAAAAAGUUGCAGAAACUUGCCAAAACAAUGGACUACUUGGAGAGGGCUAAAAGAGAAGAGGCAGCUCCUCUUAUUGAAGCUGCAUUUCUACAGCGUUCAGUGGAAGAGACGGCUCUUCAUGAACGUGAGCAACAGCAAGAGAUUGAGCUAACCAGAAAUCGCCAUGCUGGAGACCUUGAGGAGAAGAGGAGGCUAGGCCGGAUGUUGGAGAAUAAGGAAGACAGAAAAGGAAGUAUACUGGGAGACAAUGUUUUUGAUAAUUUCAGGCAAAAGAUAGCUCACCACUAUCGUUAG